CUAAUAAAACAUAAAUCGACCACAAUCUAAUACAAAUAUUGACUAGAAACGAAUUCUUAGAAACAAUAUUUUAAUGCUACGAAUAUUGUGAACCGUGAGGUUAAAUUUAACAGCUAUCAAAAUCGAAGCAAGAUGGUUCAGGCAAUUGAAGAAACUGAACAUCCUGAUCUACCUCAAGCGGUGCGGCUGUUCAAAGAGAUGAACACAAAUGUGCAGCAAGUGUCGCAACUCAUAGACAACAUGUUAGUCCGAGUCAGAAACGGUGAACUAUCCACUGACAAAGGAUUGAGUUUUCUUGAGAUGAAAUAUCAAAUGUUACUAAGCUAUUUAAUCAAUUUAACAUAUAUUGUUCUCCGUAAAUGUUCAGGUGAAAGGAUUGAAUCUGAUCCAUCUAUUGAUAGACUAGUUGAAAUAAGGACAGUAUUGGAGAAAAUUCGUCCCAUAGAUUCUAAGUUAAAAUACCAGAUAGACAAACUAGUGAAGACUGCAGUCGUUGGCUCAGUUACUGAAGAUGACCCACAGUCAUUUCGUGCUAAUCCUGAUAACUUAGUAAGUAAAAUAGAUGAUAAUGACAAUACCAGUGAUGAAACAGAUGAUGAAGAAUCCAGAAAAGAAAAAAGUAGUAAAUCAAAUAUUUAUGUUCCUCCAAAAUUAGCAGCCGUACAUUUCGAUGAGAGCACUUCAAAGGUUGAAAGUGAUAAGAAAAACAAAGAGAGGUCAAAGAAGCAAUUCCUUAAUUCUAGUGUUAUGAGGGAACUUCGUGAAGAGUACUCAGAAGCACCUCUAGAAGUGACCACAGGGAAUCAUGUAAAGCAUUCUAUAUCUAAAUAUGAGCAAGAAAAGACUGAAUAUGAAGAAAACUAUCUAACACGUCUGCCUGUUACUAAAGCUGAGAAGAAUCGUAGGAAAAAACUAACAACCGUGGGUGUGCUUGCUGAUGAGAUAACGGGAACUAGACAAACAUCUAGGAAACAUAAAUUGAAAUCCAAAAAAGGAAAAGGUUUCAAAAGAAGGCGUAUUCAUUGAAAUCUGUUUAAUCACUUGUAUUUUUAAUGUAAUAAAAAUAAAAUAUAAUGUAACAUAAAGCUAUAACAUAAAUAUUAAUAAACUCUGUUAUGAAACCAGGUACAAUAUUAUAAAUUUAACAAACAGUACAUAAACUAAGAUGAUUUGCAGGUAAAAGGAUAGUGUAUUUUAUAGACUAUAUUUUGCUCUGUUUUAAAAAGUUUUAAAUUUUAAAAUCAUUAUAGAGUGUUGGAGCUGACUUGAUUGAAAAAUUAUUUUGUUACAAAGUAUAGCUUCAUCAGUUACACAGGUUAAUUAUUAAUAAAAAAAAUAUCCUACAAAUACAAAUAUUACUUAAUUUUGAAGUUGUUCUUGACUCAAAUGAAUAUUAAUUUAAUACUCAGGUUAAUAGCAAUAUUUACUUGAUCACUAUUGUCUUAUAAUUGUGCGACAGAAAAAUUUCAUAUUCAUUUUUUUAUUAAUAUUUAUUACGAUUUUAUAAAAGGCAAGUAAAAAAUAAUUCUAACGAAUGUUUGAUAGAAGAGGUUAAGUAACGUAAACAUUGAUUUCAAGUUUUUAUAAUUAUUUUUAUAUGACUUCCAAAAUACUAGGUUACCCAAUUUUUUAAAUUUUGUUCAAAUUUUUUUGUUAUAUAACAGGUUUUUGUGCUUGCUAUGAUAAAUGGCAAAAUUAUGGUUUAACUUUGUUAUGUUAUAAUGUUCUUAUUUUUUUAUUUAUAAUUUUUUAAGCACAUCACAUGAAGAAAGUAUUUUCUAUAAAGAUGAUAUUCUACGAAGAUUCCUAUAGUUUUUAUUAAUAGCAUGGACAUGUGAAAAGUAAAAACCAAUACAGUAUGUUUUGUAUGCAGAUAAAAACUUAAAUAUCUUCUAUCAAUAAUUAUUUAUUAAUAUUGGAUUCUGAAAUUAAGAAAAAUUGUGUUUAAAAUUGCAUAUGAUUUGUAUUUGAGAACUUAAAUUGUAAGGUAUGUUUUUGAUAUUGACUUCUUUGAGCAAUAGUUUAGUUUUUCAUGUUUGUUUUUUUAAAUUUUCUUUCAAAUUUCAAUUUGACGAUUAGUGUUAUGAAAAAAAUCAGCUUACUUAUUUUUAUUAUAGAGUUAUCAUUUUUCAAACUACAUAAAUAUGUUAUAAUAGCUUGAUUGUAAGCGAUUAUCAGAAUUUGAAUUAUUGCAUAACAGUACAUAUAUAAAAAUUAAAGAAGAUAUAUCUGAAGAUAAACCAAUUCUGUGUUGAUAGCUGCAGCUAGAUUAAUUAUCGAGCUUUUGUAAACAUACAAAUAUUAACUAUACAGCAGAUUGUAUUAUAUAAUAAUAUACAUUUAUAUGUUUAACAUAAAUUAGCUCAAAAUACAAAACCAUAAUUUUAGUUUCAGUGAUAUAUGUGACAACGAUUACUUAAAUUCUGAAGGGACUUUUUAUUUUACGAGAUUUUAUACAGAAUACAAUCAUUAUUAUUUUAUUAGAAAGAUUUCUAAGUUACUGUUUUGUAUAUUAUUUUAUUUUUAUUUAAAAACGAUUGAGACACAAAUUUUUCUAGAAUCACUUAUACUCUAUUAUGGUUUAACACCUAUUCAUUACUUUUUAAAAAAGGUCUUUGAUUGUAACUGAAGAAUUGUUUUCUAUAAGGCUUCUUAUCAUUAUUAUUGAACUUAUUUGUCAGAGGCGUGUCGUAAUUGCCUAAACCUUAAUUUAUAACAGUUUCAAUUAUUGUAAUUGUUUUACGUUUUUUUCUAAGGAAGGUUUUUGAUUUUAGGUGAACGUAAAAUUCGUUUAUCAACAGUUCAUACAAUAGUUGUUUAGUUUUUGUAUUGUUUUUUUUUAAUUAUCGAUUAUAAUUAAAAAAUGUUGCAUGAUUAUAAACGUAUGUUAGUUUUUUGAUUUUCGUAAGUUGAUGUUUUGUUUU